AUGGUGACCAGGAUGGACCCCUACGUGGUGGCGUUCCUACCGGCUCCACCCCCCAGGCCGGCGCUGUCGACGAAGAAGCGGCGGCUCGAGACGAGCACUUCGGGCAGCGCUUCGUCGGCCCCUGCGCCGCCGGCCCCGGCAGCUGUCGGAGGCGCCGUGCUUACGCCGCCGCCCGCAGGGUGCCCUCGCCAGGAGGAGGGCGCGCGUGCUCGCAACGAUGGAGAAGAGGACCGGCGCCCCGCGGCAGUGCCCCUACAGGUGUCGACUUUCGAGCAGUAUGUUACAUGGGUGCAGGCCAUAUUGUUCGAGUAUGAACCUGCCUCGGCAGACGCGGCGGCGGAGACAGUGAGAGGCUACGCAGGCCGUGAGGCCGAGCUGAUUGACAUGUUGGUAGUGAAGCAUAUCAGGGAGGACUAG